GAUAUCUGAUUACUAUAGCUGAAAGCUUUGGGUGGAGCGCGACUUCCACUUUGGGACGCGUCGGCAAACGAUAGGCAAACGCGUCAUCCGCACGAAAUGAAGUGCCAGGCAGCACCAGCAUAGCCCACGGACAGCACCAGACCCUCACGUCGCCGUCGCCAUCGCAAACAUGCCUGGACUAGUGCCAAUGCGUAGGCAACGCGAGGACGACGAGUCGCGCGAUCUGGGUGGCUCGUCUCCUCCCUCAGACAAACGACCACGCUUGAAUGGCCAUGCUUCGCAGGCUCCAUUGCUGCCGUCCAGCUAUGAGAAUGGCCAAGCUGUCGCCGAACCGCUCACACAUUCGCCCGGCUCCAUUGUCAGAGUCGGCAUGAAGAACUUCGUGACCUACACGUCGGCCGAAUUUCUCCCUGGUCCCAGCUUGAACAUGAUCAUCGGCCCUAACGGAACUGGAAAGAGUACUCUGGUUUGCGCCAUCUGCCUCGGUCUCGGUGCCAAACCUGACGUUCUCGGACGAGCAAAGGACCCAUCGGAAUUCGUCAAACAUGGCAUGAAAGAGGCCGAGAUUGAGAUUGAGCUUGAGCGCGAUCCUGCCCGUCACCGUACAAACCCUGUCAUCAAGCGUAUCAUCAAGCGAGACUCGAACAACAAGACUUUCUUCAUGAUCGAUGGCAGGAACAGCAGUCAGAAGGCUGUUGCCGAACUCUGCCGCUCCUUCUCCAUCCAAGUCGACAAUCUGUGUCAAUUUCUUCCUCAGGACCGUGUCGUUGAAUUCGCCGCUCUGGACCCCAUCGAGCUCCUGGUACAGACUCAAAGAGCUGCAGCACCCGAUUACAUGAGCGAUUGGCACGACCAGCUCAAAAACAUGCGCAACGAUCAACGCAAGCACCAGGCCGAACAAGCCUCCAUGACCGAAAAUCUGAAGAACCUCGAAGGCCGACAGAACAUGCAACGUGGUGAUGUCGAACGUUUACGCGAGCGUGCUGAACAACAAGAGAAGCUCGCAGCACUGGAGCGUCUGCGUCCUUUCCCUGUCUACAACGUCGCUAGAGACAACUACAAUCAAGCCAAGGAACACUUCAACGAAGCCAAAACCGACCUUCUCGCGCUGAAGCGUGAGUGCGAGCCCGCCCUGGAGGCCGUCGAGUCAAAGGACGAGUACGUAAAGGCUGUUGACGCUGUUGUCAAGCGUCGCCAGCGUCUGGUCACACGUGCUCAAGACGACAUCAAGCUGAAGGUCAAGAAUCAGAAGACUGCAUCUGAAAAGCACAAAGCCUGUGACGCAGAAAUCGAAGCCGAGAAGAAGGGUGUCAAGGCACACAAGCAAGAGCGACUUCGAAUUGACGCCCAGAUUAAGAGUCUGCAGCGACAACUUGAGAACGAGCCGCCGACAGUCGACGUCGCCGCAAUCAACGAGCAAAUCAGGGAUAUCACGCGCCAACAACGCGAGAUUGACGAUACUGCACGAGACGAAAAUGCCAAGCAGAGCGACAGAGUAGCACAAGGCAGAUCGCUUCAGCAACGAAUUACUGCCGCGAAGGGGAAUUUGGAACAACUUCGAUCAAAAGCCGGGCAGCAAGUCAACAAGCUCAACAACGCUUCUCCCGAUACUGCCAAAGCUUGGGAGUGGAUCCAAGCCAACAGGCAGGCCUUCACUGGGAACGUUUUUGGUCCGGCUAUUCUCGAGUGCUCUGUCAAGGACACAAAGUUCGCCAAUCUUGUCGAAUCAGUACUCGGCCAGGCUGACAUGGUUUGUAUAACAAUGACUCACAAGGAUGAUUUCAACUUACUUCAGCGCGAACUCUUUGACAAGCAAAGACUGUCUGAUAUCAAUUUGAGAAUGCUGGACACACCCUUGAGUCAAUGGAGGAAACCUUGCUCCGAAAAUGAGCUACGACAACUCGGGUUGAAUACCUACAUUCUGGAUCUUCUUGAAGGACCUGAUGAGAUUUUGAGCAUGCUUUGUGACAACAGAAACAUUCACCAGUAUGGUGUCGCGUUCCAAGAACUUAGCUCUCAGCAAUUUGAUGGCAUGAUGAACAGUCAAAUCACCAGUUGGGCAACACCAAGUGAGACCUACAAUGUUACGAGGAGAAGGGAAUAUGGCGAUGCUGGUACAUCGACACGCACUGCGCGCAUCAAGAACGCUCGCUUCUUCACCUCUCAGCCAGUCGACACCCAUGCUGAGCAGGAACACAAGAAUGCCAUUGCCGAGCUCAGUGAUGAGUUGCAGGAAGCUCAACGACAAGCCGAGACGCACAAGGCUGCAAGUGCACGCCUUGGCCUUCAGCACAAGGAGCUUGCUGCGCAGAAGAGGGAUCUCGAAGCCGAUAAGAAGCAGGCUCAAGACGCACGAUCAGAAUGGCAGAAGCUGCCAGUCAAGAUCGCUGGAUAUGUCACCAAACGCGACGGUCUAGACGAGCGUCAGGCAAGUUACCGUGCUCGAGUGCAACAAAUCAAGGACAAGCAAGACAAGCUUGCCCUCGACAGAGCUCAAGAUGCUUUGACCCUUGUGUCAUCAGUACAGAGUUUGCAAAAACUGGAGGCGGACCAUCUUCAAGCAAGCCUUGCCGCUAUCGAGGCCGAGUCCGAUUUCCAGAUACUCAAGGCACACAGUGAGGAGGUACGGCAGAACCUUGCACAACGAGAACGCGAUGUGAAAACAUUGGAGGACGAGAUGAAGAACUUGAAGAAGACGGCAACGGUCGCACUCAAUGCCUGCAACACCUUACUCCAGGAUCUUUCAGACAGAGAGCAAGAGAUCUAUACCCAGUUCAGCAAGAUGGGUCUGGAAGAAUACGAGGCUGAGAUCGACAGCACCAGAGCACGACUCGAAAUGGUGCAUGAAGGUAAUCCCCGAAUUCUUCGCGAGUACGAGGAUCGUGCCGUCGCCAUUGACAAGGCCAAAAGAAAGCUGGAAAACAUUGAGAACGAGCUUGUCGAGCUGCAGCAAAACAUCGACGAGAUUCGUCAAAAAUGGGAGCCCGAGCUUGAUCAGCUCAUCGGUCAGAUCAGCGAUGCGUUCAGUGAGAACUUUGCCAAAAUCAACUGCGCGGGUCAAGUCGAGGUGUACAAGGAGGACGAUGACUACAACAAAUGGGCUAUUCAGAUCCAGGUCAAGUUCAGAGAAAACGAACAACUCUCGGUACUCGACUCCCACAGACAGUCUGGAGGUGAACGUGCUGUCUCCACGAUCUUCUACCUUAUGGCUCUACAAAGUCUCGCCCGUGCCCCCUUCCGCGUUGUCGAUGAGAUCAACCAAGGUAUGGACCCUCGCAACGAGCGUAUGGUACACUCACGCAUGGUCGACAUUGCUUGCUCGACACACACAUCCCAAUACUUCCUCAUCACACCGAAACUCUUGCCAAAUCUGGAGUAUCAUCCAAACAUGAAGGUACAUUGUAUUGCUAGCGGAGAGUACAUGCCAGAAGGACAGGGAAAGCUAGACUUUGGAGCUUUGGCUCAAAAGGCGUUGGCUGUCUACUGUGGGAUUUAGAGGUCAUGUUUUGAUUUGGGAUGGAAUCUUGCUUCUUUGUUGCUCGAUACCUGAUGUUAUGAUAUUCCUUUUUUUCGUUUUGUUUAAGCGAGGUUGUGGAGCCGAGAAUACGUCAAGUUGCGGCUUUGGCAAGGG